AUUAACAGGAGAGUUCUGUACUGCCUUUCACCCCGUGUCGGCAAGCGGGGUUCUGGCUCGGGUCCCUCAUUCCGAUUCAUCCACCCCCAGUUCAGGAAGACUAUCCCCGACUCCCUCUCUUUGCGGAUCCUCCGUCGUCGCAAGUUGUGCGCUGUGCUGUUGCUUGCAGCAUCAUGCCGGAGUCUCCCCGAUUACCAGAAUCUCCGCUGCGAUGAAACGCUCUUCGAUUGAUGCUGGCCGUCGUGCUUCUCUGGUUUCAGAAGACCGGCCUCCUGCGCCCAAAAUCUCCAAAGCGCGUGCUUGUGAGGGUCCCCCAUGGGCCAAGGGAUUGUUGAAACGUAUACUAAACAUGGUUUUAUUGCAGGCGCCGAGUGCAAGCGUCAUAAAAUCCGCUGUGAAUUUCGAACCGGCGAAUCAAGCUGCACAAAGUGUCUGCGCAGCGGAAUCAAGUGUGUGGUUAAUGACUUCUCCCAGAAGUUUGUUGAUGACGAUGGAAUUUGGAAGUCCCAAGCCUCCGCAACGAUCCAACAGCUCCAAGCGGCCGUCUCGCACCUUCUCCGCCAGAAUGCAUUACCGGACCUCUCAACUUAUUCAGUUGGCGACAGCCAGAAUGGCCCCUCUCCCGUCCCUGCCACUUACCAUGUUGGAGGCCGACCCUCCUCCUCCCUCAAUAGCUCUCCUCCCGAUGGGAAACCCGACGAACCAGGACUGGUGUUGACUAGGGAGGGAUCGCAGGACCCGGAUCUCCAGGACCGAGAACUGGUGCCAGCGCCAAUGCGCAGUCUCUACGAGGUCACCAAACUGCGGGACCUGCGGAAUAACCACAUUGAAGAACCCAAAUCUACGCUUCUGGAGGAAGACUUUCUCUCUCGGGGUCUCCUUUCCAUCCACGAGGCCGAGGAGUUAUUCGCCUACUUCAGUCGUACCAUGAACCAGCUGCUAUGGGGCGGCAUUAUACUAGUCCACCGUGACUUGACCUCGGUGCGACGGGCGUCGACCCUGCUGGCAGCGGCCGUGCUGACUGUGGCAGCGCUUCAUAUCCCCAACCGCACCGAGACGCUGAACCGGUGCUAUGGCGAGUAUGUUUCGCUUGUCUCUAGUAUGUCCCUCACUCGGGCCCAUACGCUGGACGAUGUUCGGGCGCUGUGUAUCGGAGCCUUUUGGCUGUCUGAGCUGAGCUGGAAGCUCUCGGGCCAUGCUGUGCGAAUCGCCACCGAGCUAGGCCUGCACCAGAGCUACCAGAAGAUGAUCCGGGGCCACGGCGAUCAAUAUGAACGGGCGCAGCUCUGGUAUUUACUCUACGUUUGCGACCAUCAUUUCAGCAUCGCGUACGGUCGGCCGCCCGUCAUCCACGAAGACCUGGCGAUUAAGAACUACGAAACCUUCCUUCAGUCGGCCCUGGUUGUUCCGGGCGACAUCCGGCUGAUAGCCCAGGUGGCUUUAUUCAUGAUCCUCACCGAGGCCUAUCGAAUGUUUGGCAGUGACACGGAACAGGCGUUGACCGAGGAGGACUUUGGUCAGUUACGGGUCUACAAUGUGGCGGUCGACCAAUGGCGACUGCUAUGGCAACCGCGAUCUGCCGACAGCCCCUAUGUCCGGACGUAUCCCUCGAAAGGCGUGGUUCUCCAUUAUCACUUUGCGAAAUUCCAGCUCAACUCGCUUUCGCUGCGGGCCCUCUCGCCGACCAACACGCCGGUCUUCUCGAUGGAUCGAAAGGAGUCGGCCAACAUUGCGAUCUCGUCGGCCAUGGCGUGUUUGAACAUGGUGCUGGAGGAACAGGAUAUUCGCGAUGCGAUCGUCGGGGUCCCCAUCUUCACGCAUACGAUGGUGACCUUUUCGGCGGUGUUUCUGCUCAAGGUGGCGGUCAAUUGGAACUCGGCGUAUCUCAGUCUGGACCGGCGGCAGGUGCGCGGGCUGGUGGAGCGGGUGAUUGCGUUGUUGACCUGUGUCUCCGCGGGCGAGCGACACCUCACGCGCCAUAUUGCUCGGGGGUUGAGCAAGAUGCUGGAACGGUUGGACUCUGGGACGGUGGGCGAUCGACGCCGGGGGGGGAGCGAUGUGCCAGGGGGCGCGAAUGCGAUGGCUCAAGGGUUCCCUCCGCCCGAUUUAAUCUACGAUAUGGUCGGGACAUCCCUACCUCCCGACACCAUGUCCACCCGUAAGAGAAAGCAAGACGCGGAAGAAGACGAGGAGCUACAGGCCCUCCCUAGUGACGAAAGCGAGGAAGAAGACGAGUAUGAAAGCACCGAUCUAGGUGAAAGCGAAGGCAGUGAAGAAGAGGAAGAAAUCUCCGACGAAGAGUUCGACGAGGAAGAGGAAGAACAAGUCCCCCAAGGGCCCCCUGUCGCAAAGAAACGAAAGACAGCCGCCCCAGUCGCUGCUGACGAAGAGGGGGUAAAAGCCAACGGCGCAAACGGGCACGGGCCAGCUGAGGAAUAUGACGAAGAAGAAGAAGAAGAAGAGGAAGAAGAAGAAGAAGAAGAGGAAGAAGAGGAAGAAGAGGAUGAUGCUGACGAGGCUGAAGAGUCGGCGAAGACAAGCGCAACAAAGGUCAAGGCUGCUGGUGGAAAUGCACCUGGGUCUGCGACUGCGGAGGCUACAGCUUAGUUCGCUUUCUUACCUACAUGACCUGGUCUGAGCUAUACCGUCUUUCGGUACAGAUCUGCCUAAUCAAAGUCGUGCAGGUGAGGUUGAAUCUGAUGGGUUAUGUGUGAUGUAUGUCCCUUUUUCUUUCUUUUCUUUUUGUUUUCUGGGUGGUUUUGAUUCAAGUCUACUAGUAUUUUAGUUGAUCAGUCUGGUCCGGAGUAACUAGUUAUAGUUAGUGGAUAGGGGAAUUAUUAACGAUACUUAUUCUAC